AAAAAAAAGAGGACCUGGAGUUGUCUCUCCUCGUGCAUCGAAGGAAGAGGUAAAGCAAAGGGAUUGCUUCCGUGUUUAGGGGAGGAAUGACGAAACGCAGGGGGAACAAUUCUGUGCUGGUGCACGGACCCAUUCUUUUGAAUUUAAAGUAGAUUUCUGAUCAGACCCACCCCUCUCGCUUUGGAUCCCCCAAGCUGCCUCAUUGUGCCCUACGAUUUGAUUUGCUGUCCUAGGAAACUCUCCUGCCUCACCUCCGAGGAGGAUUCAGCUGUUCCCUGGCUGGGCAGUUGGCUCGCCCCACGCAGCUGGCUGCCCCCCUCAGACCUCACUGUGUCAGCCCAGGCUGCGACCGACGUGGGGAAUGGCUAAGGGCUUGCCAACUCAGGCAAACUUCGUCACCAGAGAUGACUGAGGUUUGGGGGUUUCCCCAGCCCUCCCACGCCGGGGCCACGUAGCAAGCAAGCGUUAAAGAGUGCCGCAACUCCACUCUGAGCUGCAGGGACCCGGGCGGAGGACCCGGUGCCCUCUGCACGCCAAUGCUGCCAGCUGGGGGACAGCGAACCGAGCGCAGCGCUAGUUUUCGCCAGACGCUUUGUUUUCCUGCGGCAGAAACCCGAGGCGGGCUCUUUCCACCAGACCUGGCUGGCCCGCAGCAGCGAUAGCCAUGGAAGUUGCUGCUGCGCAGGGCAGAACCCAGACGCUCCUCUCGGCUCUUUCUGUGGAUGUUUUUCACCUACGUAGGUCACUCCUUUCUUCCUCCUUUGGUGGCCGUGCCUGCAGCAGCCCCACCUGUGUGCCAGCCCAAGAGCGCCACUAACGGGCACCACCCUGUUCCCCGCCUCUCCAUUUCCUCCCGAGCCACGGUGGUAGCCAGGAUGGAAGGCGCCUCCCAGGGAGGCCUGCAAACAGUUAUGAAGUGGAAAACAGUGGUUGCCAUCUUUGUGGUUGUGGUGGUCUACCUCGUCACAGGAGGCCUUGUCUUCCGGGCGUUGGAACAGCCCUUUGAAAGCAGUCAGAAGAACACCAUUGCCUUGGAGAAGGCAGAAUUCUUGAGAGACCAUAUCUGUGUGAGCCCUCAGGAGCUGGAGACACUGAUCCAGCACGCGCUCGACGCUGACAAUGCAGGAGUCAGCCCAGUAGGAAACUCUUCUCACAGCAGCAGUCACUGGGACCUGGGAAGUGCCUUCUUCUUUGCCGGAACUGUCAUCACGACCAUAGGGUAUGGGAAUAUUGCUCCAAGCACUGAAGGAGGCAAAAUCUUUUGUAUUUUAUAUGCCAUCUUUGGGAUCCCGCUUUUUGGUUUCUUAUUGGCUGGAAUUGGAGACCAACUUGGAACCAUCUUUGGCAAAAGCAUUGCAAGAGUGGAAAAGGUUUUUCGAAAAAAGCAAGUGAGUCAGACCAAGAUUCGGGUCAUCUCAACUAUCCUGUUCAUCUUGGCUGGCUGCAUCGUGUUCGUGACGAUCCCUGCUGUCAUUUUUAAAUACAUCGAGGGGUGGACAGCCUUGGAAUCCAUUUACUUUGUGGUAGUCACUCUGACCACAGUGGGCUUUGGUGAUUUCGUGGCAGGGGGAAACGCUGGCAUCAAUUACCGAGAGUGGUACAAGCCGCUGGUGUGGUUUUGGAUCCUUGUUGGUCUUGCCUACUUUGCAGCUGUCCUCAGUAUGAUCGGAGACUGGCUGAGGGUUUUAUCCAAAAAGACAAAAGAAGAGGUUGGUGAGAUCAAAGCCCACGCAGCUGAGUGGAAGGCUAAUGUUACUGCCGAGUUCCGGGAGACAAGAAGGCGGCUCAGCGUUGAGAUCCACGACAAGCUGCAGCGGGCAGCCACCAUCCGAAGCAUGGAGCGUCGGAGGCUGGGCUUGGACCAGAGGGCCCACUCGCUGGACAUGCUAUCCCCGGAGAAGCGUUCUGUCUUUGCAGCUCUGGACACAGGCCGUUUCAAGGCCUCAUCCCAAGAGAGCAUCAACAACAGACCCAACAACCUGCGCCUUAAAGGGUCAGAACAGCUCAACAAACAUGGGCAAGGCGCUUCUGAAGACAACAUCAUCAAUAAGUUCGGGUCCACCUCCAAACUCACCAAGAGGAAAAACAAAGAUCUCAAAAAGACCUUACCAGAGGAUGUUCAGAAAAUCUACAAAACUUUCCGGAAUUACUCUCUGGAUGAAGAGAAGAAAGAGGAGGAGACAGAAAAGAUGUGUAACUCAGACAACUCCAGCACAGCUAUGCUGACAGAAUGUAUACAGCAGCAAGCUGAGCUGGAGAAUGGAAUGGUACCCACAGACACCAAAGACCAGGGGCUGGAGAAUAACUCAUUACUUGAAGACAGAAACUAAAUGUUAAAAGACACUGGAGCUGGACUAAGUGUUGUUUUUGUUGUUGUCUUGUUGUUUUGGUUUUGUUUUGUUUUACUAUUCACACUGAGACACGUGCCUUAAACAGACUUCUUGUUAGCUCAAAAUUACAUAGCAUUGAAGAAUCUAUUUCACUGUGCCAUACACGACUAAAAGCUUGCUCUGCCAAAAUGAAUCAAACAAGAGCUUCGUCUCAGAUAGUGGUGGCAGGACACACGGGAACCUUCGCACAGGUAGUGGGUGCUGGCCAUCCCUGCGUGGGGAGUUCCAGCAGCAAUGCUCUAGCCCUCGCAGAGCGCCCCUCUGAAGUGGUGCGCAGACAAGGGCAGCCAUCCCUUAGACCAGCCUCAGAGAGGACAGGUUUAUCUCAUGAACGGAGUCUCCAUUCCCAAACUGACCCUUAGGGAUAGGUUGCACACAGAAGGGGCAGCUGUCUGUGGGAGACCUGGUGACUCUAGCAAGGUUUUCAGUGGACAUUUUGGCAUGUCCCCUGAGCUUGAAUUUUGACAGGCCACAGUGUAAAACACCUACUCCAAAAAUGAAUGUCCUUGGGACCCAAGAGUACCUGGAAUUUGUUGGAAACUGAUCAGAGCACACAUUUUAUAAGGUGCAAUUGCUUUUCUCAUAAAAAAAAAAACACAACUCACAGAUGCAUCCCACUGUGGCUAUAACCUUAGCCAAUGACAGCCUACUGACCUUUGUCCUUUUCAUGGGAUAGGUAGUCCAGGUAGGCUUGCAAGCAUUGGUGAAUACACCACCUCAGCCACCUGCCUGGUUGGAAGGCAAAUCAUGCAUUUUCUUCAGUGGGUGUGAGGUAAAAAUAAGCUGAUUUUGGAACAUUCAUACUCACUUUUCUAUGGGAACUUUAAUUAUAACUUGUUUUGAUAGGAGGGAGGAAAUACCAAAAUUAUUGCCUUUGCAUGAUGCCAGUGGCUUGCUGUUCUGUCUAGCUGAUCCUAUUUUUUUUUAAAUAAAAAUAAACAGACAUCUUGCGUUUGUGAGACACACCAAGGAGGACCAUGGCAUCUUUCCAUCUCAGGGCUUUUUGUCCUUUUGGGUGUCUUACGCACAGCAUAGCUAUGAGACUCAAUCUUGCUAUUUCAUACAAAAGGAAAAUGAAUCUCUCACUCAACCCUUGUAUAGUAAGAUUGAAAUGGUUUAAGUAGUUUGCAGCUUAAGUGCCAUUAAUGCCAUUUAAAAAAAUAUCGACAAAGGAAUAUUUAAAAAGAUUUCAUUUCAUUCCUACGUUUUAUACUGCCUUUAUCAAUUUUAUUUUAUGCCUAUAUUUUGUUAUGCCUUUAUUAUGGGAACAUGACCCCUCCUUGCCUGUUCAUCUCACACCUGUUAUUUACUGAAAUGCUAACUCCCCUAUCAUUGUGUCGAGGCAAGCAACCAUCAACAUGUGAUAGCCAUGACUGGUUAUCCAGUUAUAGUUCAGUGAAGGACCACUGCAGGAAAGGGUGUAUCGUAGUUUGGGGAGGUUGGUUUUAAAGUGGAUUUUUAUCAGAAGGGGAAUUUCAAUCAAGACUUUCAUCUCACCUGUGUAUGCCUCAGCUUUAAUCAUAUUUGGCUGGCAUGUUGGUUCAGUUAGGGACCCUGCGCUUAAUUAGGCAUUUGGAUCCUAUAACAUGAGGACACUGCUGGCUAUGUGUCUUCUAGAUUCAGUACCACCUUUUGGGGAUUUCACAGAAUUUUCUAAAACUAACUCACAGAACCUAUUUAAGAAAGGAUCACAGCACAAGUGGAGACUUCCAGAAGAAACCAUCUACCAUCUUCUAACUGAAGGGAAAACUAUGCCUACUGCCUCCUUGACCGGGUACCAUGGAAGACUCAUCUCCCCUAAGUUUCUGGGAUGUUCUGCUUACAGCUGUCCCCUUCUUGGAACACAGAAGCCCUGUUUCCCAGCUUCAGGAUCUUGUUGAAUAUUGAGAGGUCAAAUAGGAAUCAGCAUGGUGAGGCCUAUUCUGUUUGUUUGAAGCAGAACUUUGGCUCACUGGUGUUUCACAUAGUGCUGUGUGGACUCUUAGGAAAUGAUGCUAAUACAGGUGUGGGUGCUGGGUUUCUAUUAUGGAAGAAUGCAGCCUGGCUCACUGCGAGUUUUGGAACAGGUAGAUAAGUGGGAAUCCUCUUAUCUAACAAGUUUCCUGGUGAAACUGCACACGGAUCUCAUCUGCUUAAGUUUCCACUGUAUGGUACCUUGGUACAUCUUAUGGUUGUGUUUAAACCGCAGGCAAUAGAUCUUUAUCUGGUAAAGAAGCAUCCCUGUCAUUUGUUCAGUGCCUUUCACGGACCUGGCACUGAAUUGGGCAUUUUAUGAUACUCACCGAAACCUCACCCUAUCACAUGGGAAGUAUUUACAAAUCCUUUGUUUAGACGAGAGCACAGAGACUCAGGGAGUCUAAGUAAUUUACUGGUAGUGCACAGCAAGAGGUGGUAGAGUCCGCUUUCAGUUUUGCUACAGUGUCCAUACCAUGCACCCUUGUGAGUGAGUGUGUGUGUUUGAUUGUGUGCCUGCACACAUCUUGCAAGCUUCAUGAGCACAGUUGACAGAGUUGAGGAGGAGACAGGUGUUUUUACCACUAUGAGGGCAUGAAGUUUUAGGGUAAACCUGGCCUAAAAGGUUGCCCCUGAAGCUAUAUGCUCUUGGCUUGGUGAUGCUGUAGACAGCACCUUUUCUGUAUUGCUAGAAACGCCCCUCAGAGGCACUCCUUUGCACUUUACUUGAUUUUCUUCAUACAGCAGGAAUUAGACAGCUCAGAGGUCUUAGAUUCCUAAUUGACCAAAUGGAACAGGUACAUGGAUUGGUGUGUAUUCACAAGAAAUAAACCACAGUAAUACUGAGAAUCAAACAUCACCUUGGAUUAAGAGUGUAUAACCCAUUACCUGAAUGUUAGAUAAAGGUUCUGAAUGAUGUCAAAGAUGACCCUGUAUGAAGAUUGUGUAUGUGGAUAAAGUGUUCCAAAAAGUAUGAAGUACUCUCCAGAGUUGAAGCUGCAAAGGGAAUGAGACAUUUCAUUUCUCUUCCUGUGUACAUGCUAAGCCUUGAGGUUUUGGUCGUUUGGAAGUUACUCAAAUGUUAUCCCUGCAAGGAUGCAAGCAAACAGUAUGUUGAAUGUGUGUGAUAAGACAGCUGCUACCUGUCACAUAUAAACAUCAGCCCAGCCCCCCCUUUUCCCUCAGUAUCCCCUACCCCUAUUAAACCCAGAAUAAAUGUAUGGAUGUUAGACACAUAAAGAGCGCAUGUUGGCUCUCUUCAGUGGGCAGUUCUGGGCUUCAUUUGGCAGCUGGGCACAGAGUUGUUCUCUCAUCUGGGGAUUUACUGGUGAGAGCCAAGGGAUAGUUCAGACAGGCAAUUAUAUACCCAGUCCUAACUCAGUAGUGGUUCACCCCAGCAGUUUGUCAGUUCAGGUAGACUGCUGUGUGGCAUAUAUGUACACGCGUGGUGUGUGUGUGGUGCGAAGGGGGUCGCUGGCCUAUAGUCCUGGUAUCUGGGACUUCUGUGUGUGCUCUUCCACAUUACAGACUGUGCUCACAGGCACACUGCUUUCCUGUACCUCAUCUGCACAUCAAGGGAACUGAGCACAGAUUAUUACCAAAACCUUUUCCAGUUGUACAGUUCUCUAAGAAAAUAUUCCCCAGCCCAUGUGUUAAUUUAAUCAGAAAAAUUAUUAAUUUACAUUUCUGAAUAUCGAUUAAUGGCCCCACUCCCAUCCUUGGUAUUUGUUUUCUGCAUGGCCGGCGGAGACCACAUCUCAUACAGGCUUCAUCCACCACUCUAGUUGUUCAGCACACUGUCACUCAGCAGCACACUCAGCAGGUUUUUUUUUUUUUUUUUUUUUUUUUUUUUUUGAGGAAGGGGCUGUCAUCAGGGCAAUGGUUUUAAGACUAAUUAAAUAAUUGUAAGCCAUUGGUAACUGCACUCAAUUGUACUAAAAGUUCUCUUGACUGGGUUAUGAAUUCAUGUCCCCGCUCCCGGCUUCUGGUACACGAAGGUGCACAUGCAUGUAGGAAAUGACUUUUUGGGUUCCAUGGGACAACUUCAUGUGGAAAGUCAUAGCUGUGUGAAAUAUUAGCAAAUGUAGCCCCUCCCCCCUCCGGAGGCAGCAUGUCCUGGACAUUCAAAGGUACAUAACUCUUUGUACACCCAGUUUGGGGGAUGAGGAGAAUAUGUGCCAGGGUUCUGGUUGAAGUAGUUAUGUCUCGCUGGACCAGGGAAGAAUGUUUAUCAUCCAGCUUACAGAAUGGUUCCAGCAUCAGAACACAGACGCUGAAAGGAAGGGAAGCAAAGCAAGCGCACAGAGCCUCCCUGUGACAAGUGAGCACCGUUGCCUUCUGCAGUUUGGCCUUCUGCGUUUUGCCAGUGCUUCCUGUCUGGUGGCCCUUCUGACCGUUUGGAUAGGGCCGCGCGCAAAGACAGAGGCUGACAGUGGACACGGCAGGCCUUUGCUGGUACAGCCUAAGAACCAGUUAGCAACAGCCUCGAAAAGAAGCUCAGCUGAGCUCUCAAAGGCCACUUAUCAUUGGCAUUGCAGGCGCUGUUGAGCCGGUCGAGACUGCAUGGACAUGGCAGCCACGUGGCUCUGAUAAAGUCCUGUAGCCACGUUACAGUGCACCACCCUGUCAUGCUCCGUGCGCUUCCUCAUCUUUCCAUGUCUAUAGAUCACAUGACACUAGCUUACUGGUAUAGAGAAGUAAGAGGUGUCUCUGGCAUGAUUAUAAUUUUCACAGGUGCCUGAGAUCGGGGACCCGCUUUUUUCUUUGUCGUUAAGUGAAAGUAUAGUUUCCUGUGCAUUAAGAAAGAAACCCUUUUGAGAAGACUUAUGCCUUAGAGGCAGCUGCAUGGUCUGUUCCUUGUGUCUAGGGCUCCAGCUGUAAGGGAGAAACUGCAGCCAUUCCUAGAAGUGAUACACAAACCACUCUGUAUGCUAACCUUUGUUCCCCUCUGUCCCAGCAUUGCAGGUGAGGGACCCAGUGAUGGUGGACGAGAAACCCAUGUGUUUUACCUAUUUUUCUCUUUGUAGGAUUUCAUGGUGCUUUUUUUUUUAAGGCAUUUUACAGUUAAUGUGUUGGGAGGGCAUUUCAUAUUGUUCUUAGAAGGAGAAGUGGAAAUUUGCUUGUAACAUUUCAAUAAGCUGUGCUGCUAUUGUCCUUAUUUGAAGAUGUAAUUUUUUUUUUUUCAAUGAUGGAGAACAUUGCAACAAAGACCUUCUGGAAGAUCCAA